AUGGUACGAAAACCUACUGGUGAAUGGAGACCAUGCGGUGACUACCGCGCCCUCAAUGCGCAAACCAUACCGGACCGAUUCGAGCACAUCAAUCUGGAUCUUAUUGGACCACUACCACAAUCUGGCCCGUACAGAUACUGCCUCACCAUUAUAGAUCGGUACACGAGGUGGCCAGAAGCCAUCGCUAUUGAAGACAUGCAAGCCGAUACCGUAGCAUCCGCCCUCAUUCGCUCCUGGAUCUCCAGAUUUGGCAUACCGGCUCGAAUCACAACGGAUCAAGGCAGACAAUUCGAAUCGAGGCUUUUCAAUGAAUUAUCAAGGCUACUGGGAAUCGAUCACCUACGUACAACCGCAUAUCAUCCACAAGCAAACGGAAUCAUCGAACGCUGGCAUCGAACACUAAAAGCUGCCAUCAUGUGCAAAAACCAUGCAAAUUGGCCACAGAAACUACCAAUAAUUCUUUUAGGACUUCGCACAGCUUACAAACCGGACAUUCAAGCAACACCCGCACAGCUAGUAUACGGAACUACGCUCAGGUUACCGGGAGAGUUUUUCCACCAAUCAAACAAAAUACAAUCCCAAACGGAAUAUGCCAAAGAAUUGGAAAAAAUCAUGCAAGAGAUCCGUCCAGCACAAACAGCUCAUCAUGACACCUCCAAACCAUUUAUAUUUAAGGAAUUGGAAACCACCUCACAUGUAUUCCUACGAAAUGAUGCCGUACGCACUUCACUUCAACCUCCAUACGACGGUCCAUUUGAAGUCAUCGAAAGGAACAACAAACACUUCACCAUAUCCGUCGCUGGACGUCCAGUCAAAGUAUCAGUGGACCGCCUCAAGCCCGCCUUCAUAAUAAUGCAACAGCCAACAGACAAAAGCUCAACGUUGGAACCCCCAAAUAAAGGACCAGACCUACAGGCUCUUGGAGAGUCACCGGAAACAACCUCACCUCCAAGACCCCGGCGUACAAUUAGACUCCCUGCUCGCUUUGCACCAUGA